AUGACCGCGUCAAUAAGGUUUCAAAAUGUUGGCAAACGCUUAGAAGAUAGUGACGUUGUUGACAACAACUCUUCAUCUGACUGUUCACUUGUCAUUGACUUGACCCAAUACUUUCAAAUUGGAUCUUCUCAUGUUACUGCCGGUGAGCCUUCAAUUGAAGUUGAUCCCCCAACGGCCGCCGUCGAUGAAGUGUUUGAAGUCGAGACUGAUUCUGAUGAGGUCGAGGCUGCUUAUGAUGAGGAUGAUCCCGAUUAUGUGGAAUACACAUGCUGUAACAUUUAUAACUUUAUAGGGAGUAUGUUUUCGAUAUUGUUGAUAUUCGCGUAUCUGAUGGCUGAUGUGCCCCCCUGGGGACAUGGGGGUGACGGCGCUGGUGAUCCACCGAUUCCUCCUGGUGGAUUUCGUGGCACACAUGAGACAGACGCGGUUCCCCCGAAGAGGGUUAGGGGGAAAGCAAAAAACGAGAAACUAAGGCGUCUGGUAAAAGCGGGGGGGCCUGUAUCGCUUACGUUUGACAGGCAGGUCACGUAUACCCCUGUCGGUAAAACAAGGGAUAUGUUUUCACGGGAGGCCGGCCUGUAUAUGUGGCGGUCCAUCCCCCUCGAUAAAAUUGGAUGGGAUAACGUUGAACAACAUUACAAGGAUGCCCUCAUGAACCACUUACGGGUAAAUAACUUAUAUGCAUAAAAUUUUAUCAAAUAUUUAAGCACAUGCAAAUCUAAUUUAUAUAUGAUAUUUUAACUUUUUUAUUUAAUUUGUAGGAAAAUUUCAAUUUUGAUGAAGUGGAACGUGAUAUAGAGGCCAAAAACUUGACGGGUGGCAUUAGGGCUGUGCUUAUGAAGCGGUACUCUGACCGCA